AUGUUGAAGAUGAGCGGGUGGCAGCGACAGAGCCAAAAUCAGAGCCGGAAUCUGAGGAGAGAGUGUUCCAGAAGGAAGUGUAUCUUCAUACAUCACCACACCUGA